AUGGCUCUUUCAAAGCAUCCAAAUCUAUUAAGAGUGCUGGGAUCAUUUGUUCACGGAUCUAAACUCUAUAUAUGUAUACAUAUAAUACUAGGUUCUUGUUUGGAUAUCAUGAAAUUUGGUUUCCCAGAAGGAUUUGAAGAACAAACUAUUAUAGUCAUACUAAAGCAGGUAUUGGAAGCCUUAUGCUACUUACACAAGAGCGGAGAUAUCCAUCGUGAUGUGAAGGCGGGUAAUUUGCUAAUGGACGAAGAUGGCACGGUUCUGCUGGCUGAUUUUGGGGUAUCAAGUUCUUUGAUGGAAUCUGGUGAGAGAGGUAUACGAAAGACGUUUGUUGGCACGCCUUGUUGGAUGGCCCCAGAAGUCAUGGAACAGGCUGCCUAUGACUACAAGGCAGACAUCUGGAGUUUUGGAAUUACGGCUAUUGAGCUUGCUACAGGACAUGCACCAUUUGCAAAGCUAGCCCCUCUCAAGGUCCUUAUGAUGACAUUGUCAAAAGAUCCCCCGACCCUAACAAGGGAAACAAGAAUUAACAAAUAUUCAAGAACCUUUCAAGAAAUGGUUUCACUUUGUUUGAACAAAGAUCCCACUAAGCGUCCGUCUGCUGAGAAAUUACUUCAACACGCCUUCUUUAAACACAACAAAAAGAAGGAAUAUUUAGUAAAAGCAGUCCUAGCAGAGGUGCCUACCUUGGCUCAGAGACCCCACAAGACUAUUCCUCAAAGGGAUAUCAGUAUAACCAACAUUGACGAAUGGAACUUU